AUGUCAUUAUCAUACACGUGUGUGCGCUGUGUGAGGACACUGAAUGGAGGUCAACUCGCUCGACACGGCACCAAGGCUGCCCAAGCUGCGACGGGAGCCCGCAAGCUAAGCUCCAAGACCAAACCCGCGCAACCCUCCCGCAGCAUCCUGAGCAGGAUUGAGAAUGAUGCAUUCCGAGAGAGGAACCGGCAAGCUUCAACGGCAGCGGCGCCAGCUGCUCAGCAAGAGGACAAUUUCGAACGACAUGUCCAAUACCCCGAGUAUGGCCACUAUCGGCCACGGACUCUACUCAGCCAGGACAAUCUCUUUCACCCGUUCUCAAGGUCGCCCAUACCUGAAAUGAGAGAAAGGGACUUGUUUACGAAACAGCAUGCAUACUGUCCACAUCCAGCGCAUCACCGAACAAGAAUACCCGCAUCGCCGAACGAUCCUGAAAGCAGGAAGCAGAAGGACGAAGUUGGAGCAGAGCCACCAGCGCACGUUAGCUUUGAAUGCCCUGACUGUGGUAUUGCGACAUAUUGCUGUGAAGAGCACUGGGCGGAUGAUUACGAGGCACACAUGGAGAUCUGUGAGACGUUGCGGCAAAUCAACGAAGAUGACCACGACCUGCGCUCAGGGCGAUAUUUCGCCGAAUUUGAGUAUCCUGGCCCCCAGCUCGAGGAGAUAUUGGUGAACAUGACGAAUUGGGACACACUUCUCUACACCAGGCAGUUUGAAGCCAUUAAUGCCGAUCGUGCCAUGCGACAGGCAACGCGUCUGCUUACCUAUCCCAUGACACUCGGUAGCAUUCUGCACGAGCUGUCUCCAUACAAUAUUCGCACUGGCGGCCGGCUCACAACAGAAGGCCUCAAGUCGCUGAGUGCACUCCGUUAUACUUUGCAUCCCCCACGUACCGGACAAGGUGUCGAUGUCUCGGGGCUGCGGCUCGCCUCUCCUCCAGUGCGGAUUUUUAUCCUUGGUGCGCGCGCCGAAUCGUCGCUGCCGCGUGAGGUGUGGGUUCAACUGUCCCACCUCUUCCCACGAGCCACCUUCCACUUGAUCUUUAUUGGCCCUGAAUCGAUGGCAAACCGCGACGAGGAAUUCCCGCUGCCGGAACGUACACCGCAGAAUCCAUUUGGUGCGAUUGUGGAGGACAGGUUGAGCGACAAAAUGAAGAUUACAACCUUCGUGGACUACUUCCACACACUGCAUGAAGCGCAACAGUUCGCGCCAUACGACCCGUACUUUGACUGCUUCAUGCUCUACCACCCUGGACUGGGACAUCCCGCGUCCAGUCAUGAGUGGCAGUCAACAAUCCCACAACUGCUGGAAACAAAGGUGCCCAUUAUCUGCACGGGAUAUACUGACUGGGACAUGAAGCGAGAUAAGGACUGGGUGAUGGAGAAGUGCAAGGGCGAGGUAGAUCUGCUCAUGGAGCCAGGCGAGAAUCGCUUCAGGAGCUUGAGAUGGGAUCUGAACGAUUUGGAUCCUCAAGACGUGAGCUGUGGUAAUUGGGGAGUAUGGGCUUUCAGGGGCAAGAGAUACGAAGCGACGCAGAAAGACUCCGAGUGA